AUGGCCUUAAAGACGUCAAUUGAAUCACAAAAUGUAGUGGCAGAUUAUUUUCUCGUUUUCAACAACGAAAUACGACGUUUUUUGGAUCCUUUAUGGUGCAAAUCGCAGCUUUCUAGCUCAUAUGUGCACGUAAACAGUAAGGUUAAAUGGUUGAGUAUGGGUGUUACUGAGCGUGAAAGCGCGGAUUUCAGUGAUGUGGAGAAUAAUGACGAUGAGGAGGAGGAGGAGGAGGAGGAAUUUGGGAAAGUGGAAGGCAAUUACCAAGGAGUUUUUUGGAGUUGUGAAGAGAAAGAGGUGUUUUUCCAUUACUUGUCGCGCGCUUCGAUUCAUGGACUCGAGAAUUGGGCUCAUUUUCUGCCGCGCAAGUCUAAAUUCGAGAUCAUGGCUUACUACGAAGUGCUUAGAAGGAAUUUGGAAGAGCUAAAGGGUCUCAAUAGUAAGCGUCAUGGUGGCAUUUUGACAAAAAUGGAAUUUCCUAUAGCAUACGAGAUGGAUGAGUUUUUUGUCGCGCUGGAGGAAGACGUCGGCCAACAGGUAGACAAAGAGUUACAACAAGAACAACAGCGGGCGGCGGAAGAGAAUGCUGGCUCUGAUUUACCUGACCAGCUCAUCGAUCUGGAAAACUGGUCCAAGCGUUGGAACCCCAUAUAUUCAAAGACAGGCGUGGAAGAGCUUCAACCUGCACCGAAAACAGCUCUUCCCUUCUCUUCUGAAUCUCUGCUUUUCCUGGAAAAAUGCGUCGAGCUUCAACUGCGCAGGAUCUUACUUUACACCGUUUUACCUAAUCUAGAUCGAAAGCACGUUCCUAGGAGCAACUUGUUGAAAGACAAGCCAUUCCGUCACUCAAAGCACCCAGAAGAACCAGACGAACUCGUAGUGACAGGUGAGUUUCAAUCAGCUUUCCCGCACGUUGUUUCAGAGGAGGAUGUUUGGAAAGGACUGGCCACGAUGCGACAAGAAGGUUUGGCAGCUCCCAGUCUGGCAGAAAGCGUACUCACCACAUUGAGAAAGUUCAAAUUAAAGCAUAAAGAGGGGCGAAUUUUCAAGACUCAUCGAACAGCCAUGGGUGUGGUACCUCGAAUUUUGGCGCACGCUGAAGCUGUUCACGAUUUAGAAAACUCAAGGAAAGAACAAAAGCUAAAAGAAGAACCGCACCCCGAAAUAUUCGCCCAUAUUCAUCAGAAGCUUUUCCAGUUAAACAGCAAAAGGAAGGACGAACAAAGCUUUAUUCCUGAAGACAAAUUCGACCAAAUCAAUAACCCUCUCGAGCAAAAGCUCUGUGAUUUAGAAUUAUUCAAGCUAGAACAGCAUGAUAUUCAUCUUUCAAAGCAAUACCAACACGCACUUCUUGUUUUUAUGCAAGGGAAGAACAAGCCCACGCAACCAUUAGCGCUGAAUGUUUGUGAUGAUCGUUUGGAUGAAGCAACCAUUCCGGAAGCGAUCCAACACGAAUUUCAAUACGAGUGA